AUGGUGAAAAUCAACCGGCACAUCCAAGUAGUGGGCUGCCACUGCGCAGUCCACUUCCAAGAUAACGAAGAUCAAAUCCGCCAGCUUCUUCUACAGGAACCCCGAAGACGCUCCGCAAUGUGUGUCGGUCUAGUCCUACCACCGACGAACCCCAAAGCGGAUGCCGGGUUUAUAAUCAUGGAGAGCGACGAAUACCCGCCCAUGUCUGGAGGCAACACGAUCGUCACCUUUACGGUUCUACUGGAGACGGGGAUGGUGAAGAUGGUCGAGCCAGUUACAAGAUUGACGUUGGACACACCGGCGGGGCUGGUGACAGUGGAUGCAGACUGUGAGGACGGGAAAGUCAAGGCCGUUUCCUUUAACAAUGUCCCCUCUUUCGUCUUCAAGCUGGACUAUCAGGUCAACGUUCCCGAGUUCCCGGAGCUGGGAACUAUUACGCUCGACAUUGUGUGGGGAGGCAUGAUCUAUGCUGUCGUCGACGCGACGACGAUUGGACUCAAGAUCAAUCACAAGAAUGGCCCGCUUCUUAUUCGACUUGCGGAGGCGAUCAAGGCGGCGCUCAGUAAGUCCGAUUACAUUCCCAUCCACCCGGAAAAUCCGGAUAUAAAGGGCGUCCAUUCUCGAAUUCACGGAACUGUUGAAUGA